AUGGCGGAUCAUGGAGUUCCGCUUAAGAGUCUAAAGGACUGUAUGCAGUUCCUGCAGUGGUUACAUGAUCGUAAAGAUGUGCAAGACUUAGUAGCCCAUCGACUUGAUAAGUUUCUCAAAGACAGAUAUAAAAGUGUUAGUCCCGUUGCUAUUGCAACCGAUCUGUCCCAAUUCCUCAAUCAGGUGUCAAGGUUCCAUGAGAAAUUAUGCAAUAAAGCGGAGGUUAGCAAACAGAGACCUAAAACCACAAAAAGCGCCCUCAACGCACUCCUGGAAUGCAUUCCUAAAGUUUUAUCAGCGUGCUAUUCUCUGCGGUACCGUGUAGACGCGAAAUUCGAUCAAAUUGGCGGAGGGGGUUGGGCGGACAAACAGGUUGGGCAGGUUACACUAUUCGCUAAACGUCGUAUGCCAUUUAAAUCUAGAGCCACUGAAAUUGAAAAGUAUCUCAUUGCUGAUGACGAAUCGCAAUACGGCGUCAUCCCUGGUGGGUUCGAUGCCAUUGAGUUGAAGGAAAGUCAUCAGGGUGGUUAUGCCGAGGGGUUUCUUAUGGUAGGUGACCUUCACAACAUCUGUGAGAAACAUGCCGGUAGAGGUUUGCAAAAUUAUUUCCUCGAUGUUUAUUCAACAUCAGUAAUUCCGAAAACCACCGGCACCCAAAUAUCGAAUGUCGCCAAUGCGCUUCGGUUGGUGCAAGAUUUCUGUAGGAUAUUUGAGAAAGUGAAGCAUCAAGACGAUUUUGAAAAAUAUUUAUAUUUGAAAGAUAGAUGCAUAAAUAUGGAAGACUUAACAAAACAUUGCGCCAAACUUAAAAAGCCUAUUGGCGACAUUUUUAAAAAGGAGCGCUUUUCCUUCACUGGAUAUGCGCGCGAAGAUAAGCACCUCUACGAUGAAAAGUUCGCGAAAAAAAUGGCAAGUUGGUUUAGGACACAUUUGAAUGCAGUGAAGGAGAAGUUUGAAAAAAUUAAAGCUUUUAAAGCAAUUAUUCAGUCGAACGAAAGAUCAUUUAAGCGAAGUACCCUUGAUGCUCAAGCAAAAGCAAAGCUUGCUGAUUAUUUUACCCAUCAUUUUUUCCCCUACGGAUUCACGUUUCACGGCCACGACUUUAACACAUGGGGUAAUACAUAUGACGUUUUAACAAAGGAUUGGGAUGGUGUAAUUGAGAAACUGAAUAAAACAGAUGAAGGUUUGACUAAGCUUGUAGAUAUUUUGAAUGGCAAAGGGUGUAAACUGCAGGAGGUAGACAAGGAACAUACAGUGAAAGAUGAAGAGGCUGAAGAAGAGCAAGAUAUUCCGGAUGUAGCAUUGCAAGACGAAGAGUCUGAAGCCACUAAAACCGAGGCCGCCAAGCCUCAGAUCGUACAAUCCGACGGAGCACAGAACCAGGGCAAGAAAGUGGAGGGAGCACAGAACCAGAACAAGAAAUCCGAGGGUGCACAGAACCAGGGCAAGAAGGCGGAGGGUAAUCAACACCCACAGGGUGAUAACAGUGAAACAAACUCUCCUGGUUCAUCGGUUGCAAAGACGGUUCAAACUCAAACUUCAAGUAUUUCAAGUGCAGACUCUCCGUCAUCUGGUGCCCCUGAUACCAGUAGUGGUCUGGGCAAGAGUGGGCAGGGGUCGGCUUCUGUGCCUGGUCGAGGAAGUAAUCAAGAUGGUCUGGCAGGUGCAGGUGACACUAAUGUGGCAUCCGGUGAUGGUUUAGGUGUCGGUGGAGCUGAAGCAGUAGGUCUGGGGAGUGGAGUAAAACGAGAUUCUCCAAACACUAAUACAAAAUGUUCGAGAGUAGCGGGAUAUAGGGAAAUUGAUCUUUGA